CCCGCCCGUGGUGGCUAAAGCUACGUGUCCUUGUCCCCCGUGGGCAGCCUCAGAGCGUGCGGCUUCAGAUCGGAUCCCCAGUUUGAAGGGCCUCUUCAAAAACAAGCUAUGAAGACCAAGAACCGACCUCCUCGGCGCCGGACACCCAUGCAGGACACAGAAGCCACCCCAGGAGAGCAGAGUCCUGACAGACCCCAGUCAGGCUCAGGGGGGUCGGAGCUGACAAAGGGUCUUCGGAGUAGGACGGCCCGUGCAGGCGGAGCCCGAGCAGAGGUCAGCCGCCGGCGACAGGGGUCUGGUGGCCGCAGGGAGAACAGUGUUCAGAGGCGACUGGAGAGCAAUGAGCGGGAAAGACAGCGGAUGCAUAAACUCAACAACGCCUUCCAAGCACUGCGUGAGGUCAUCCCGCAUGUGCGGGCUGACAAGAAACUCUCCAAGAUUGAGACGCUCACACUGGCCAAGAACUAUAUCAAGUCACUGACCGCCACCAUACUCACUAUGUCCAGCAGCCGCCUCCCAGGGCUGGAGGGGCCAGGUUCUGCACCAGGCCCUAAACUUUAUCAACACUACCAUCACCAGCAGCAGCAGCAGCAGCAGCAGCAGGUGGCUGGGGCUAUGCUGGGCACCACCGAGGACCAGCCCCAAGGCCACCUGCAACGGUACUCUACACAGAUUCACAGCUUCAGAGAGGGGAGCUAGCACCUGCUCUGGGCUCUGGGGUGGGUCGACAGUGCUGACCAGGUCUGCUCAUCUCAGCUCUGGUCCCUCCAUGCCACAAGCCUGACUGGUGAUGACACUAUUGGGUUCAUUUGGGGGUGCAGUGCUGGGGUAUGAACUAAGGGCUCUGUGCAUGCUAGACACGCACUCUACCUACUGAGCUACAUCCUGCAGCCCAAGGUUGAAUCUCUAGUGCCUAGAUUUUCCUUGAAAGUCAGCUCAGCCACCAACAUAGGGUGGUUUUUCCUAGCCACCCCAGGGACAAGGGAGUGAUCUGGGCCAUCAAGGCAUCUUGAGACCCAAAUCUCUGGGGAAAGCCUGCCCAGUCCCUGCAGUUCUUUCCACAAAAUAGGCAGGAUAAGGAACAUUCUUGCCUUCCUCACAAUUUUUUUUU